GGCGGCAAGACUCCCGACCAGACGAUCACCAACGGCGACGACAACCAGUGGCGAGGCGGCUACACUACUUCGUGCCCUCGCACACGAGCUUAUCUAUUUGCAACAUCAACAAUUCCGCGUCUCAGCUGCUCCUUCUCUCCUGACACCAAUAUCCGGCCGUUGCAACUCCGACCAACGAAUACUGUACUUUGAGAUCAAUGAGCAAGGCAUGCACUGACUACGGAUUUGCAAGUACAGAGACAAAAUGAGUUUCAGAGGCAAUGUAGAUAGAGCUAUAAGCAAAGUAUUAUAGACAGAGAGUACUACCAGAUCCUUGUGCUUUCUAUUAUGCCUUUCAACUAGCUCUUAUAGCUGUGGUCAAUAGCACUCAAAAGAAGUUGUGCCUUUCCUACAACCUGCAAGCUUAAUAGCAGAAUUGUACUCAAGGCCUCAGAAAUGUAUGCGAAAGCACUCACAGUAUCAUUGUGCAGUCCCAUUUCGACAAAGUUUUCACCUUCAGCUCAUUUUGUUUCUCCAUGCACUCAAUCAAAAAGCUUGGUUGGUUCAUCUGAAGUGAAAUAUGGGUAUUUUAAUUCAAUCAAAAUGGCAUCUGGAUCACCAAAGAGUUCAAGAAAUGGCGGUAGAUGUGUGGUGGUGAAUGUAAUGAGCGAAGGCUCACAAAGGGACAAUGAUAAUGAUGACGGGUUUUACAUAAGGAGAUGUGUAGAGCUUGCUAGGAAGGCAGUUGGGUUCACAAGUCCUAAUCCUAUGGUUGGUUGUGUUAUUGUUAAAGAUGGGAGGAUUGUGGGUGAAGGGUAUCACCCAAGAGCCGGUCAACCUCAUGCUGAGGUUUUUGCACUUAGAGAUGCUGGGAGUAUGGCUCAAGAUGCAACUGCAUAUGUGAGCUUAGAACCUUGUAACCAUUAUGGUAGGACUCCACCAUGCGCGGAUGCACUGAUCAAAGCCAAAGUGAGGAAGGUGGUUGUUGGAAUGGUAGACCCAAAUCCCAUUGUGGCCUCAAAAGGGUUGGAUAGACUACGUGAUGCGGGAAUUGAAGUGACAGUUGGUGUUGAGGAACAACUCUGCCAGAAGCUUAAUGAAGCCUUCACACAUCGAAUGUUGACAGGGAAGCCAUUUGUUAUUUUGAGGUACUCCAUCUCACUUGAUGGCCAUCUUUUGGGAGAGCUAGGAGAGGGUGUCGCAGAGUCAGGUGGCUACUACUCAAAACUGUUUCAAGAAAAUGACGCAGUCAUACAUCUCUCCACCCUGUCAGGAGAUAACCCCCACUCAGUUCUUACAUCAAAAGAGCCUGGAGCCAACCAACCACUUCACAUUGUAUUAGCUGCCUCUCCAGAUCUACCAAACAACCCCCUCCCCUCCAGUGCAGAAGCGACUCAGAAAGUGAUCGUCUUCACAGAGAAAGUGGGGGUACAUGAUUCAGACCAAAGAGCAGCCGACUUGGUCGCUUUGGAUGCAAUGAGUUUCACAUCUAUUCUUGAACAGUGUGAACGCCGGGGGAUAUCUAGUGUUGUGGUGGAUGUCAGGUGCAGCGCUAGCGAAUUUGACCGGAUUUUGGAAGAGGGAUUCGAGCAAAAACUGUUCCAGAAGGUUGUGGUGGAAGUGUUGCCAGUCUGGGGAGGAGGAUCACACAGGUUUAAGAGCUUGGGGCAGAGUCUUAAAGUGAAGAAUCUGACUUCAGUGGUCUCUGGUAAUAGUGUUCUCUUGGAAGGGUAUUUCUGACUCAAUGAAUACACGCAUACUUAAGCUUGCAAUUGAUUAUGGAUGAUUUGUUGUAUUGUUAUUGUCAAACGGAUAGAAUUCUCCGUAUUAUUAUUAAUUUCAUCUGCUUUGUAUCCAUUCUACAUGCGUAUGAUGAAUGAAUUCAAUAAUUGAUA